AUGAGCGCUGUGGUUGCUUGGGGGGUAUUCCCUGUGUGCGGUUGCUCUCUUACCCUAAUCCAGGGUAGAUUCCGCACUCCAAUGAUCAGGGGUUGCCCCCAUCCAGGCCUUGACCAGUUCAGUAAAGUAGAACGGAUGCUGUCGGAUGACCUGGACAACUGGCUCUGCAACCUGUACUUUCAGGUGGAUAAACUACCACAAAGGGAGUCAGGAAUUCCAGAAAGCAACGCUAAUGAAAGCGCACAUGAAGAGGCUCCUCUUGACCAAACCACCUCUGCCUGCUCAUCUAGCUUCUUACCAGGUAAAAGCCCUCCUGGAAUGUUUCCCAUCCUUGAGCCAUUAUCAGAAAAAGCCAAGCCUGGAACUCCCACCAAGGGCGGCAAACGGAAGCAGUCAGUCGGCAAGAUAAGCAGACCGAGCGCCUGCACGGGAGAGAAGGAGAUACGGCUAAGUCUCGGCGCUGAACAGCUACAACAGUUCUCCUUCUCCACACAGUCUCAGCAAGUCUCUCCGUUCCGCAGUGCUGUGGACUGUUUUGGGCCGGCCCAGCAUUUGCGCAUAGUGUGGCGUCUGCUCCCCGCAGAGCUCGGCCUCUCGUUCAGUCCCAGGCCAAGUUUCAGUCAGCUUGUACAGUUCAUCGCCCUCGUCUUCCUCACGUGGUUCCCUCGUCUUUACCUGCACUACUGCAGCCAGUGGCUUUACCUGCACACCAGAGACAUACCUGUUAACAGAUUCCGUUUCCAUGCCCACACAGUGGAUCUGGUGUAUCAGAGCUCUCUGCUGCGGACGCUGGAGGAGCUGUUUCUGGUGCUGCUCGGGCCCUUGACCUUGAAUGCAGCUUUGUUUCUUCUGCUUCUGAUCAGAUGGCUCUGUCAGCUAACGUUUGGCUCAACGCCCUCCUUCCUGUCAAAGCUGAUCACGGCUGUGGGAGCGUGGACAGUGCUCGACCCUCUGGCAGUCUUCACUGUGGACGCUGUCCUUGGGCGUCUGUCUUACAGUGCAGAAGUGCCAGUGGCGGAUGCUGCUAAGCUGUACUGGCACUUUCAUCGCACGGAACACUCGGGUACAGCGGGCAUCGUCAUCACACUGUUUCUGUACGCUGUACUCUUCAUCCUGUCAUUCACCGUGCUCUACGUGUACUUUCUCAGGCUUCACAACGAUGGCAGGAUGUUGGAUGUCUAUCAACGUCUUCACAGCUCCGAGGGGGCAUAUUUUAUCCCAGAUGACCUUGAGGUGUCCAAUCAGGAGCUCAGUUACAUCGUGAAGAAGGCAGAGCAAUGGAGGGGUUUCAAUGGAGAGAGACGAAAGGUGGCGGUGUACGAUUAUAUCUGGACGGAGGAGACGUCUGGAGGGUGCGAACCCCCUGUGGGAGAGACGAGUACCCAUGUGUCCAUCUACACGCUGUACCUGAGUGGCCUGCGGCAUCGCUACAGACACUUCCUAAGGCAGCCCGGUGGAGCCAUCGUAGAACUUAUUGGUGACUUGGAUGGUUCAGAGGCUCAAGUAAGUGUUCAGGGAAAUGGAACAGGAAAGAAAGAAAAAUUAAAGAACCCAACAUACACCCUGAGAGAACGAAAGAGCAGGAAGCCUGGGCUGCGAUCUACCAGGGUGGGACCUGAUGGUGGGACAGACUCAGAACCCAGUACAACACUGAAAAAUUAGUCACUUAAAGUAAAACCCUACAUGAUGGCUUCAGUAGAUUCAGCAGACCACAAGCUAUUCACUGUCAGUGCUAGGACACAGGUGUUGUCAUGCCUACAAGAGAAUGACAUUGUAAUGUGGCUGCUGUUUAAGUAGUUUAGCAGUGAGUGAGCCAUGUUAAGAGUCGUGUCCUUCUGUGUUGCAAUAUUGGGCAGCAAAGGGGGCACGGAGGCACAGAUAAAUAAUGUGUCUGUUGAUUCAUUCUAAAGAAGGAUAAACAUAAACUUUCCUGGGCUCCCUUAAUAAUAAUAAUAAUAAUAAUAAUACAACCACUGCUCCUGCUAAUACUACUACUAAUACUGCUCCUGCUAAUACUACUACUCCUACUAAAACUAAUAUUUCCACUGCUUAUACUUCUAAUACAACUACUACCUUUACAUCUACUACUACUACUGUUACAUCUACAACUAAUAAUAAUACUGCUACUACUACUACUUAUACUGUUACAUCUACUACUACUGUAAUAUCUACUACUACUACUACUACUGUUACAUCUACAACUAAUAAUAAUAAUACUGCUACUACUACUACCACUGUUACAUCUACUACUACUGUAACAUCUACUACUACUACUACUGUUACAUCUACUACUACUUGUACUACUACUACUACUACCACUGCUACAUCUAGUACUAAUAAUACUAUUACUACUACUACUAAUGUAACAUCUACUUCUACUACCACUACUAUUGCUACUACUACUGUUACAUCUGCUACUGCUACUACUAAUACUACUAUUGCUACUGUUACAUCUACUACUACUGUUACAUCUACUACUACUACUACUGUUACAUCUACAACUACUGCUACUACUGUUACAUCUACUACUACUACUACUACUACUACUGUUACAUCUACUACUACUGCUACUACUGUUACAUCUACUACUACUACUACUACUACUGUUACAUCUACUACUACUACUACUACUGUUACAUCUACUACUACUACUACUACUA